AUGUUGGACGGAGAUAUUCCUCCAAAUCUUUCAAAAUUAAGUGCUCUCCAAUUUAUCGACCUUGCAGAUAAUAAGCUGUCGGGAAGUAUUCCAAGGAGCUUUGGAAAUUUUACUGCCAUGAAAGUUAUUGGAAAAUUUUCAAGUAGGAUGACAGAUGCAACAAGUUUCGAGGAUCAGAUGCUAGUAACAACUAAAGGACGAACUCAAGACUAUGAGAAGUCACUUUCGCUUAUGAAUAUUUUGGACCUCUCGGAUAAUAACUUAUUUGGAGAAAUACUCGAAGAACUCACAAGUCUUUCUGGCUUAUUCAGUUUAAAUUUAUCUGGAAAUCAUUUCACAGGAGAAAUCAUUGAAAAUAUCAGUAAAUUACAACAGUUGGAGUCCCUUGACUUGUCAAGGAACAACUUUUCUGGCACAAUUCCUUCUGGCCUCGCUGCCCUGACUUAUUUGGCUCACUUGAACCUCUCAUACAACAACUUAUCAGGGGAAAUUCCUCUUGGUAAUCAACUUCUGACCUUCACUGAUCCAUCUAUCUAUAUUGGCAAUCCUGGUCUUUGUGGGUUUCCUCUGAAUCAAAGUUGCAAAGACAGUGAGACAACACAAGGUCAAAAUAAUGCAGAUGAUGGAGAUGAGAAUGAGAUGAUAUGGUUCUACACGAGCAUGGCACCAGGAUUUGUUGUUGGUUUCUGGGCAGUCUGGGGUACCUUAAUACUUAACAAGAAUUGGAACCUUUACUACUUCCGAUUUAUAGACAACAUGCUUGACAAAGUAUAUGUGCUUACCGUACUGAAAGUUUCUAGGAUCAGAAAACGUUGUUGUUCCCAACAAGGAUGAUAAAUUUGAACAUCAAUAUCUGCUGUAUGAGAGUUCAUCUCAUUAAUAUCAUAUCAUCAGCUUGAAUAAAAUUUAAUACUUCUGGACUUGUAUACAAGUAAGUCAUGCACUCUCAAUUUUGAUCAUUUCUGUCAAGAUCUCAGUACCAUAUGAAGUGUUAUAAUUCUGGGAAUUGCCAGAAAGCUUGCACCUUUUAAUUAGUUUUUCCAAAAUAGACACCCCUUUUUUAGUUGUUCAGUUUGGCAGAAAUGAAAGGAGGUUAAAACUUUUACGAAGAUAUAGAUAGAAUUUAUGGUUUUAUUUUCUUUCCUUUUUCUUUUGAUGUCCAAAUCAGAAGUUAAAAAGAUCCCUUUUUUUCCUCAGUUUAUACAGUAUCUACUUUCAUCCUCUAUUUUCCCAAGUUUAUGGUAUCUACUUUCAUCAAAUGCAUUUGCAUGUCUUGUUCUUCCCAACUAUUACGCGCCAAGACUGACACUAUCGCAAUCACAAGCUCUGCUGUAAAAGAUUUGGCCAUCUUAUUCGAUUAAUUUGACUCUUAAUGAACUUAUGCAUAGGUGUUUUAUAUCAUACAUUACUCUUGUUUAUGAUCUACUCAUGUAAUGCUCCUCUUGUUUGAGAUUCUUGUCUUCAUCAAUCAAAUACAAAUUGGAUGCAUCAUAAGCUCAAGUCCACCAGAUGUGCAGCUGCAUGAUCUUCUUGGAUCUCAUGCUCAGAUCUUUUCAGUUGAUGAGUCUCCCAUUAAUGGGGGACAUGCUGCUGCAGCUGAUGGAAUUGGGCCGAAGAGGCUUUCACAUGCAUGUCAAUGUGACAAGGAUGAUAUGUGCACUCAAGAAUGAUCCAUUUAUGGCCACCUUCAAAAUUCAUGUGAGAUGUCAUAUGCUUUGUUGUUGUUGUUGCUAUUGUUGAAAAGUCAAAUGAGAUGGACAGAUCAAUUAGCCCCCAGAUUGGACAACUAUCAUCAUAUUGUAUCUGCUGAUGGUGCUGAUGCCUCGAGUGUUAGGAGUUUUUGUUGUUUGUGGGGGAAGAAAACUUUUUCUCUGCGAAUGUGGGUGGUGAUGAUUGAUGAUGAUGAUCAUCAUGUGUUGUAUGGCUUCCGAUGCAGGAUGCCAGGGGAAAUGAUGUGGAUCUUAGCAUUUACAAAGGGAAGGUCUUGCUGAUUGUCAAUGUUGCAUCUCAAUGGUACUGCAGCUCUAUUAAGUUUGCUUCUGUUCUUCGAGUUACAGAUUAACAUAUGUUAGAAGGUUAUGAUUGUCUGAGAUUGUUACAAUUUCUCAACAUUGUUCACUUUCUUAAAAUUUAAAAUAUAUUGAUAAUGUCUCUGUCAUUGUUCUUA